UCGUUUCUUCGUUCACUUCACUCACAACUCAACAUCACUCACUAGUCACUCCAGCUUCUUUGAGUUUUCCCCCGCUCUCUCACGUCAGUUCCUAGCCAUCUACGAUCUGUACUAAUACUCCUAAUCAGCAAAAUUCCCAAGCCUGAAAUGGCACUCGUUCGUGCAAAUGCAAUGGCAGCGGUGCUGCUCGCAGCAGUGAUGCUUGCCAGCACGGCGCAGCUUUCCAUGGGCGCAAGGAGGCGCAUGGAGCUGUACACGCCAGACCCGGCCGACAUGCUCUCCUACCACAACGGCGCCGUGCUCCACGGCGACAUCCCCGUCUCCAUAUUCUGGUACGGCCAGUUCACGCCGGCGCAGAAGUCGAUAAUCCUCGACUUCCUCCUCUCGCUCACCGCCGCGCCCCAGGCAGCCCCCGGCUCGCCGUCAGUCGCGCAGUGGUGGAGCACCAUCGACGAACAAUACCUCUCCCCUGCAGCAAACCCCAACGGCGCGAGCAAGCAGAAGACCCGGAUCCUACUCGCCAACCAAUUGUCCGACGACACGUGCUCCUCCAUGGGCAAGUCGCUCACCAUGGCCCAGAUCACCGAUCUGGCCGCAAAGGCCGAGCCGAAGCAAGGCGGCAUCGCGCUGGUGUUCACGGCGCAGGACGUGGCCGUGGACGGCUUCGGCAUGGGCCGCUGCAGCGUGCACGGCUCCGAUGCCGGUUCCGGCGCGGCAUACAUCUGGGUCGGCAACCCGGAGACGCAGUGCCCCGGGGAGUGCGCGUGGCCGUUCCACGAGCCCGUGUACGGUCCCCAGGGCGCGCCCCUCGUGGCGCCCAAUGCCGAUGUCGGCGUGGACGGCAUGGUCGUGAACCUCGCCAGCAUGCUCGCGGGCGCGGCCACCAACCCGUCCGGCGACGGGUACUACCAGGGGAGCCGGGACGCGCCGCUGGAGGCCGCCACUGCUUGCCCGGGUAUGUAUGGCAGCCGCGCGUACCCUGGAUACGCCGGCGACCUCAAGGUGGACGAGGUGACCGGGGCGAGUUACAAUGCCGUUGGCGCGAAUGGCAGGAAGUACUUGCUCCCUGCGCUCUACAACCCUUCCACGUCUGCCUGCGACACUUUGGUGUAGUAGCACAAACUCCAGCCGCAAUGCAGGAUGAUUCUUUUGUUCUUUUGUUGAUGAGAUGAGGAGGUAGUGUAUAUACCAGCACUGAAAAAUGUAACCCGUUUGUAUGCCGGAUUCUCAUGUGUGGGCUUAAUCGAAGAAAUUGGUUUUGUU